AUGGAGUUUUCUCAGUCAAAUAUACCAUCUGCGCAGGAUCUCCUGCGUUCCGGGGGCCUAUUUGUUCCAUUUUCCGAGUUUCCGGUUCAGGCCAUCUAUGAAACCCCUGGCUGGUUUGAAAAGAAGCUACAGGAAGGGAAGCCGUUCGUGAUCCGUGGACUAAACCAGACUGAUCGCUGGGACGCAUCAACUUUGAACAAUGGGUGCUUGGUUACAUCUUCUUCCUCGGGAGUAAGGAACUGCCAGACUGGUCGCGAUGUUAGGAUGCGGCUUCGUGAUCUGAUACCUACGGACCAUAGUCGUGCUGGUCACGUUCGUGAAUCGCUCUACGCGAAAGACCUUCAAUGUCCCGUCGAGUGGAUCAGAGCGUUGAAGACUGUCUUGCCUUCUUGUUUAAUGCAACUAGGCUCGUUCGACUUGUUCCGAGUAUUGCCAAAGGAAAUCACACCCGAAGUGUUGAUGGCUUACGUUGGAACCCAGUUUUCCUUGUCCGGUUUCCAUAGAUGUUUUAGUGGAACAGUUGCACUGAAUCUGAUGAUUGAGUCUGAAGAAAGCCGAUAUGGUUCAUUGUGCUUUGGCACCGAUCAACGCUCGCAGGAAAAGUAUGACGCAUUUAUGGAAAGGCUUGGAAAGUCGUCCCACACUGAUUGGGCUAAUAUCUCCAUCGCGCAAAUGGAAUCUGCCAAUUUCCCAAUAUACGUCACUCAUCAAGAGCCCGGGGACUUGGUGAUAUUUCCUUCAGCAACUGCUCAUCAAAUAUGGAAUGUCAGCCCCAUGGUAACAAAGGUGGUCUGGAACAUCCUGCAUGCAUCCUCAAUUCCAUCAUUUUUUGAUUAUAUCCAGCCUGUAUAUCAAAAGCAAUGCUAUGCAGAUACAGGCCGAGUUCCCUUGAUACCAAUACAUGCACUCCGCGACAGCAGUCACAACCCAGAAGAGGCGAAACUGCUUGUAGAUAUGCUUCAACAGCUAGUCGAUGACGAGGAUACUGGACGAAAGACUUUGGGCGCCAUGGCUCUGGUAGCAGCGGAAGCGCGACGACAACCCUCAGAACGCCUCUGCCACCUCUGUCGUGACAGUCACCCUGUCUGGAAGGGAAUAACAUGCUCUCAAUGCUCAGCUUUCUUUUGUUAUCGUGGUCUGUAUAGGCACUUUGAUAUUGAUCUCCUGAAGUUCCUCAGAAACGAAACCUCGUGGGAUAAGCCCGUCCGAGCUCGAAUUAAGCCUGUUGAUCCACGAGGUCGCAUCUCCGGCUUCGUAGACAACGUAUUUGACCAGAAGAGAGGCAAGAGAGCAGUCUCUAUUACGCAAAGCGCAUCUCCACAAAACACUUUGGAGCCUCGGGGACAAAAACGACCUAGGCUGCCAAACGACGAUGGUCACGAAAGGUCGCUACACGAAGCUAUACAUUCCUCCUCUGAGAGUGUUGAGCCCGCUCAGAAUAGAAGGUCGGAAAUCGUUGCAGAUGCCGAUGUUCCCCAUGGCCUUCCCAUGCGUGGUGGGUCGACAAGGUCUUUCAAUUCAAAAGGGCAGCUCCGCAUCAGUGAUCUCGUGGAGGACAGAAGCUCCCCGGACAAAAGUUUGCAUCUGAGCCAGCAUGGACAAGCUCAUACCCCACUCUCUUCCAUGCCAAAAAAUACCGCAUACCGAUAUGCUCAUGGACCUAACAAUCACAUUGCUAACGCUCCGUAUCCCAUUGACGAGGAAAACAUCCCCUCUCUUGAAAGAAAGCUAGGCACUCUGCGCCAAUAUGCCGACGGCCUGCUUGAGUUGUCACUGAUCGAUUCACAUGCCAAAGUCCUUGAAAAGAUAUCCGAUCUAGAAGCUCAGAUUGAGCAGAAAAGGCGACAGAAGGCCGAGUUGCUUUUCAGUGGCUUGAACCGAGAUUUUCCUGACUUGGCAGAUAUGGCUAUGGAAGAGGCACGACGGCGUGGGAUAUGA